AUGGGCUCAGUAUUUCAAGCUUUCAAUGAAAUUGUUGAAGAUGAUUUUCAAAGAUACCAGAUUUGCGGCUGUUUGCACAGCUUCUUGGCGUGUUUUUUUUUCGAGGUCUUUGAUAUUUCAGCAGUUCUAAUCACUGCUGGCCUCUAUUAUCUAGUCUCCACCGAGAUUGGGUGGUCACCUGAUAUAACUAUACCGGUAACAGCACUUGGUUUAUCCUUUUUGGGCUUUUUCUUCGGACCUAUAGGUCUGUUAUCUCAAAAAGCAUGGAUGCUCACUAUAUACAAUGUUAGAUUAAUAAUCGUAGUCAUAUUUUCGUUUUCGUGGAUGUCAUAUGCUUUCAUGAAACAUGAAGAAAGAAAUAUUUUUGUUGCUUUCAUUUGGUUUUGUGCAGCUCUUUUGUAUCUCUGGGGAACUUUCGUUACCACUUGUGCGGUGACCUACUUAGAACAACAUUACAGAGGAUAUGACGAUGUUGACUAUAAUAAAAAAAAAAUGAUUGAUGAAAAACUCGUGAAGAAGCUCGAAGAGUUGAAGCAAAUCGAAUUGGAUGAGAGCGAUUCUGAGAUUUCAAACAAGGAACGGGAAAGAAAAAAUGAUCUUCAGAGCGGAAUGAGUAUGAAUGUCACAAGGCGUUCCUCCAUGAUAGCAUCAAAUAUGUCACAUAAAAAAAACUAUUCCGCAAUAGAUGAAAUAAUUUAUACUGAGAAUCCCUAUAAAGUAUGA